GAAGAAUUAUUUUAUUUUUUGUUUUUCGCACGCCCAAUCUAUUCGCGUUUGACUUGUUUACUGGAAGGAGCGAGCGAGCGGCGGCACACACAACAGCAGCACUCAUGUCAACACACAAAACUCACUCACCGCAAGCACGACCACCAAGCACAAGCACGACCGACCGACCAAGGAUGAGUGACGAGGGUGACCUUGGUGGGGCGAAUGGCCACCGCAAUGGUGCAGGGCCCAGAGGGUGCAGGGAUGGUGGUGGACGGAAGGCAAAGGCUACCGUGUCCCCUGCUGGAGGGAUCGCAGAGACGCCCGUGACCAGUGGAGACUUAUCAGCAGAGCUCCCCACCACAGCGUUUGCGGCUGACGCAACCGACAUCGAUGGGGGCAUCAAGGAGCCCGACGGAAUGACAUCGGUGCCCCUCUCCGGUGACACACAACACCUCGACACCUUCCUCAUUGGAGACAAUGACGAAAUCAUCGUUGAAGAUCCCCACGUGAAGCGCGGCGGCGACAGCACCAUCCCAGAGGCCGCCUUCAACUUUAUCAACUCUAUCGUGGGCGCUGGCAUCAUCGGCAUGCCGUUUGCGCUGCGGGAGGCCGGCUUCGGCCUGGGCGUGAUCCUCAUCAUCGCCAUGGGCAUCAUCACAUCAUAUUCCAUCAAGACGCUCAUUCGAUGUGGCGUCAAGACCCACAAACCAAACUACCAGGACAUGGUGAUGCACUGUUACGGCAAACUUGGGUUCAACCUCCUCUCCUUUGGCCAGUUCUUCUUCCCCUUCUUCGGCAUGAUCGCAUACUCCAUCAUCAUUGGGCAGACGCUGCCGAAGGUGUUUGAGGCGGUAUUUGGGCACGGCUUUCUGUCCGAUCGCAACACCGUCAUCACCAUCAUGACCCUCUUCCUCAUGAUCCCGCUCAGCAUGAACAAGCACAUUGAGUCGCUGAGCCGGUGGUCGGCAGUUGCGCUCACGGGCGUCUUUGUCCUCAUCCUCAUUGUCUGCAUCGAGGGGAGCCUGGUUGAUCCGCCAGAGGACCGCGGCGAUCCUGUCGCGUUCUUCCAUCCGCGGUUCGUGCAGGCCAUUGGCGUCAUGGCGUUUGCAUACGUCUGCCACCACAACUCGUUUCUCAUCUACGACUCUCUCCAGAACACAUCGGAACGCAGGUUUUCGAUCGUCAACUACUCGUCCGUCACCAUCGCAGCCGUUCUCUCCAUCAUGCUCGGCGCCGGGGGCUCGUUUGCUUUCGGAAACGCAACAAAGGACAAUGUGCUGGACAACUUUGCCAUUGAUAACGCGGCGGCGAACGUUGCACGCUUCUUCUUCGCCCUCGCCAUCAUGCUCACAUACCCCAUCGAGUGCUUUGUUGCUCGCGAGGUGAUUGAGAACUACUUUUUCCCAAACAGCCAGCCGCCAACAGACCUUCGACAUUACUCAGUCACGUUGGCCGUCUGCCUGUGCGUGUUCAUCAUCGCACUCUCCAUUGAAGAUUUAGGAAUUAUUCUUGAGCUCAACGGCAUAAUCAACGCCAACCUCAUCGCCUUUGUCAUCCCAGGGGCGUGUGGAGCGAAAUUGUUGGUCGGGGAAACGUUUUACAAGGGCGAGCGCAUUUGGGCAACGCUACUCUUCGCCUUCGGCGUUGCGCUGUUUGUGUUUGGAGUCAUCCUCGUUGCCAUCGAUAGCUCGUCAACACCAACAUCAUGAACACCACGCCGCCACCCACGCGUGCUCGCUCGUGUUUACGUGUGUGCGUGUGUGUGCGUGUGUGUGCGCGCGCUACAGAGAGCGAUAAAUAGGCAACCCGACUUGAACGUGUUUUUUGUUUCCAGUUCAGUUUCGUCCUUUCGUUUGUUCACUCUUCUUGUGUAUGUGUGUGUGUGUUGGUGAGUACAACUGUAAACAACUGCGAAUCUGCAAGCAGCCUGGUGCACGUGGCUGAGCAUCAUCGCGUCACUGC